AUGCAGGCACUGUGCUAUGACAUUAGGAAGGUGAAUCCAAAGAGGACCAUAGAUGUAGGGUCAUUCCAAGUAAACCCUGACGGGACACAAGAGAGGAGUAAGAAGCAGGGGAGUGAGGGAGUGAGGAGCACAGGCACAGCUCUGCCUCUGUCACUGCCAGCUCACGGUGAUUGCGUGUCCUGGCAGUGGGAAAGUAUCGUAGAGGAGUAUGAAGAUGAAAUAUUCUCACUUAUCGCCCAAGAGGCAGACUAUCUAGCUGACAAGCUGUGCAGUGAAAAAUCAGCAUGA